CAUUCACUCGCUCGCUGGAAGAGGCAGAUGGUGGUCGCCUGGGGCAGUGCUGGGACGAUCUUUGUGCAGCAGUGUUGAAAUAAGUGGCAGCACUGAAAUACUUGCAGGGACAGUACUUGCAACAGUGGAUUAGAGGUGGAAGCUGUUGAAUUGUGACCAGUGGUUGAAGCUGUUGAAUUGUGACCAGUGGUUGAAGCUGUUGAAUUAUGACCAGUGGUUGAAACUGUUGAAUUGUGGCCAGUGGUUGAAACUGUUGAAUUGAAAGCAGUGGUUGAAGCUGUUGAAUUGAAAGCAGUGGUUGAAGCUGUUGAAUUGAAAGCAGUGGUUGAAGCUGUUGAAUUGUGAUCAAGGUCGGAGCUGGUGAAUGGUGUUACUGAUGAUAAUAAUAAUAAUAACAUACCUGCAAUGAUGAGAUAGUGCUUUUGGUAGCAGCAGUUGGAAAUGGUCAUUUGAUUUUAGAAUAUAAAUAUUGGAUUCAGCUCUAACAUUGUGGAAGUAUCAUUGACAUUGUGAUAGUGGUAAGAUGACCAAUGCCUAGCAUCAUCCUGGCACCUCUUUGAUGGGACAUUUUAAACUUUUUUAAACUGACACUCUUAAUACCUGUUGUGGAUAUGCACCGAAGGAUUAAUAACUUACCCACAGUCAACACUUUGGGCAUCUGGUGAGGGCAUGGAAGAAUGGCCGAUGACCAUUUUGAGCGGAUGGACUCUCAAGACUACACAGAUAUCCAUGGAAGACCAUAUAUGAAUUCCGAAAGAAACUCGGACUAUGUUGUGCGACAAGAUGGGUACCGCAACAUUCUCCUGUGUGCCACCUUUGUCCUUGAACUUCUCAUUCUCACCUUUGUCAUCGUGUUGGAGUACUUCCUAAGAUGGACGGACAUCUUCCCGCUCCGCAGACAGAACUUUUCCUGUACAGAUCCUGAGAUCUCUUGCUCAAAGGAAGCCCGAGCCCUAAUGGCUGACUUUGCCUUCAACGCCCAGGUUCCCAACGAGGCAGUGUAUGCUCUCAGCUUCUGUGUACCGCCUUUUGUUGUGUUAAUCGGGGAAAUUGGGAUGUACACCUUCAGUUCCGAGCCACAGAAGCCAGUAAGACUCCUCAGCAAACACUGUUCCAUGCCGCAGGUCUGUCGCCGUCUGCUGCGGUUUAUAGGAGUGUUUCUGUUUGGAGCCUUCGCUCUGAUGGUCUUUGUGGACAUCAUCAAGGUGAUUGUGGGCCGACUGCGCCCCGACUUCCUCGAGGUGUGUCAACUGAACCACACCCGCUGCGUCACGACCGGUGGGGAUGAGAUGUGUCUCAACACCGACAAGUUUGACCUCAGAGAGGCCAGGACUUCAUUUCCAUCCCUCAACGCCUCUCUGACGUCCUACUCCGCCAUCUUUAUAGCAAUCUACAUACAUGGCGCCAUGCGGGCACACACAGUGCGUAUCCUGCGUCCGUUCCUGUCUCUCAUCUUUAUAAUGCUGUCUCUUCUGUGUGGCCUCACGGAGUACGUCCUCUGUCGCAGCCACUGGACCGAUGUCGCCACGGGCUUCGCCAUGGGGCUUGUCCUGGCUCUGUAUAUAGGUGUUGCUGUAUUGAACCAUUUCCAGGAGAACUUGUCCCACCUGAGGCUGAUGCACAUCUUCAACUCGUACCUGUCAGACAACUACUAUUCAUUAGAUGACAAAUACCAUUCCCGAUUCACUGACUUCCCAUCCCUCCAUAUCCCCCGUGCUCACAUGCCCCAACGGCUUUCCGACUCCAGUGACAGCAAGUACAGACGCCGCCCUCCACACAACACGUUCCAGCGAGACCUCACCCACACAGUGGAGAACUUCCGGCGGAACUCCUACAUGCAGGGGUCCUCAUCACACAUGUGACUAUGGACGUGGAGUUCGGGGCUGGGGAAGGGCAUCUACCUACCAUCAAGUCUUAGGGAGGAAGAGAGCACGGUCCUGUACUGAUGUCACUGCAGGCUAAUGUCAUCCCAGGCUAAUGUCAUCCCAGGCUAAUGUCAUCCUAGGCUAAUGUCACCCCAGACUAAUGUCAUCUCACCCCAGACUAACGGUUAUCUCAUCCCAGAUUAACAGUCAUCUCACCUGGUCCUGUGUUAACGGUCAUCUCACCUGGACCUGUGUUAACGGUUUUCUCAUCUGGUCCUGUGUUAACGGUCAUCUCAACUGGUCCUGUGUUAACGGUCAUCUCAACUGGUCCUGUGUUAACGGUCAUCUCACCUGGACCUGUGUUUAUGGUCAUCUCUCCUGGUCAAAUGUUAAUGGUCAUCCUACCUGCUACAAAACAUGGGCCUAAUGUAAAUGCUCAUAUGUGCUUAAAUACAAAAUGGCUACUUUCACAGGUUAUCAUCAAACACAGAAUGUUGAAGCUGGACUUUUCCUUAUGGUUCAAUAAGAAAGUCAUCUCACAUAUCAGACAAAUCCAACUUCAACCAGACAACACAUUGUAGUGUACUGAGGAGGCCUGUGGCCACCACAAGGAAACAAGGUGUGUAAUGACCCUACUGAGCACGGCCCCGUCCCAAAGUGAUCGUAGCGCUAAGAUGAUCGUUAACUCCUAAUCUUAAACAUAGGCUUAUGACAGUCGUGAAAAGGGGCCCUGGACACUGAACGUUGCCUGAUGAGGAAUUAGAAGUUACUACUGAACACUCCACACUGAGAUGAGGAUGCUGAGAUUAUGAACAGUGCCUUCAAGGGGUGAUGCUGGGUAAAGAUUUGUUAAGCAUGAAUUUGUGAUGCUGAGAAGUGUGCCUUGAUGCUUUGUGCUGAAUCUGCCCCAAGUUGUCAGAACAGAUGAAUAUUUUGAUGCUUUUCUCCCCAUAGAAAGGUGCUGAACAGGUUUCUGUGUAGGUCAAUGCUUCUGUUGACAAUAUGCUGACCUUAUCAAGACUGAGCCUCCCUUGUUCCAAAUACAUUGUCCAUGCUUGUGGGCAUCUGUGAAACUCAUGUGUUACGACUCAUCCUAUCCAUGUUGAAACUAUCAAAAUGGUCAUCACUCUGAACAGGUGCCCUUGUUUCUGACACUACAUAACGAUAUGCAUGACUGUAUAUGAAAGAUGGUCCUUCUAAUGCUGAAUGGCUGCAGAUGCUGUGUCAGCAUCAUGAUGAAAAUGCUCAAACUAGUUUGUACCAUCAACCUGGGAAAAGGAUUCUCUACAUAAACAAGCAUACAAACUCCUAUUGCUGCCAUGACCAUAACGAGAUGCGCAGUAAAGCAGUGCACAUGUAAAGGGAAGUAACUGCAUGCUAUAU